AUGCCGAGGCUGAGAGGGAACCCGAGAGGACGGGAUCCGGGUUGCGGGAUUUGGCGUCGCUCACCUCCUUCCUUGGAGCUCGGGCAUUGCCUCUGCAACGCUGUGCACGCUUCUUGGGGUCCGACCGGCUUCGUUCUCAGGUCUUUUGCCCGCUGUCCCGGCCUCCCGCCGCGCGAUGCCCCAGCUCGGGCUCCUGCCCGGGAGGGCUUGGGCUGCGCUGCUCGGCCAGCUCCUGCGGCCUCCCCGGGUUGUGUGCCUCGGGGCGGCCCAUUCUCAUAGCCAGGUUGCAGAGGCAGUGCUAGCAUCCCAACUGAAACCACGUCAAGAGAAGUCAAAUUUUAUUCUCAAGACCCCAAAGGGCACCAGAGAUUUUAGUCCCCAGCAGAUGGUUGUGAGGGAGAAAAUACUUGAUAUAAUUGUUAGCUGCUUUAAACGUCAUGGAGCAAAAGGGUUGGAUACCCCAGCAUUUGAGCUAAAGGAGAUGCUCGCUGAGAAGUAUGGCGAGGACUCUGGGCUCAUCUAUGAUCUGAAGGAUCAGGGUGGAGAGCUAUUGUCCCUGCGCUAUGACCUGACUUGUCCUUUCUCCUUAACCUAUUUAUGUGAGGUUCCUUUUGCGCGUUAUAUGGCCAUGAAUAAACUGAAGAAGAUGAAACGCUACCAUGUUGGAAAGGUGUGGCGGCGGGAGAGCCCAACCAUAGCCCAAGGCCGCUACAGGGAAUUCUGCCAGUGUGAUUUUGACAUUGCUGGUGAUUUUGACCCCAUGAUCCCUGAUGCAGAGUGUUUGAAGAUCAUCUGUGAAAUCCUAACUGGAUUGCAGCUGGGGGACUUUCUCAUUAAGGUCAACGACCGGCGGAUUUUGGAUGGGAUGUUUGCCAUCUGUGGUGUUCCAGAAAGCAAGUUCCGUGCCAUUUGCUCCUCCAUAGACAAACUAGACAAGAUAUCUUGGAAAGAUGUGAGACAUGAGAUGGUGACAGAGAAAGGCCUGGCUCCUGAAGUGGCUGACCGAAUUGGGGACUAUGUCCAAUGUCAUGGUGGGCUGUCCUUGGUAGAGCAAAUGUUCCAGGAUCCCAGACUAUCUCAGAGCAAGCAGGCCCUAGAGGGCCUGGGGGAUCUAAAGCUGCUCUUUGAAUAUCUGACUCUAUUUGGAAUUGCAGAGAAGAUCUGCUUUGAUCUAAGCCUGGCUCGGGGCUUGGACUACUAUACAGGAGUGAUCUAUGAAGCAGUGCUGCUGCAGACCCCAGCUCCUGCUGAGGAAGAGCCCUUGAAUGUGGGCAGUGUGGCUGCUGGUGGGCGCUAUGAUGGGCUGGUGGGCAUGUUUAACCCCAAAGGCCACAAGGUGCCGUGUGUGGGGCUCAGCAUUGGGGUAGAGCGAAUCUUCUCCAUUGUGGAGCAGAGGAUGAAGACUUUUGGUGAGAAGAUACGGACCACAGAGACCCAAGUGUUUGUGGCCACUCCACAGAAGAACUUUCUCCAAGAACGGUUGAAGCUAAUUGCAGAGCUUUGGGAUGCUGGGAUCAAGGCAGAGCUGCUGUAUAAGAACAACCCUAAAUUACUAACGCAACUGCACUACUGUGAGAACAUGGGCAUUCCACUGGUAGUCAUUAUUGGUGAGCAAGAGCUGAAGGAAGGCGUCAUCAAGCUCCGUUCAGUGGCCACCAGGGAGGAGGUGGCCAUUAAACGGGAAAAUAUUGUGGCUGAAAUUCAGAAGCGACUAUUCGAGUCUUGAUCCUUUCCUGAUUGCCAUCUGCUGCUCUUUGUAGAAAAUGUUUCAUCUAGGACUGAGUUCCUGAUGGGCUUCUCAACAGCUGGCCAGGAUGGGUGACAAGUGCCUCUGCCUCCUCCAUCCUUCCUGGGUACAGAACUAUAGAAAGCCCUGAGGACGCCUGGGCUAUUGUGAGCAGCUAUUCUGCAUGGGCGCAGAUGGCUGGUAUGUGAAAGAGACAUGCUCUAACUGCAGAGACAGAUGACAGAUUUCAUGUACCAUUGGAAUGCUGCCAAGAGGUGCUAAGGUGCUUGCUGUGAGCAAGGCUCUGAGAAAGUCACCUCUGGCUGGGAGGAUUCUGAACCAUUGAGAUCAGAAGUCAGAUACUUAGCUUUCCACUGUGGCUUCUGAACCAAAUUCUGGGAAAUUUGUCCACAACCUGCUAUUGGCCUGUCCAAUUUUGGGGGAGACAGUGAUGUGGGGCAAAUGGCUGCUGUCUACUUUGUUUGAGGACAGAGAUGCUAUCACAAGGGCAUAGCACUGACAAUAUUGAUGUGGUAUGUCUCUAGCCCAUCCACUGUUAACAAUAGUAGGGUGAGGCUGUUUAAUAAUUUUGAAUAUUGAACUUAAUAGGUGACCUAACAAGAUGGAGAUUUGAUCUUUUGAGGUUUUGGAGACCACUUCUUGUGCCAGAAUUUCUGCUCUGUUUCAUGUCCUGCCAUGGAGGUGGCUAUUCUAGAAAUGGUUAGAUAAUAUAUUAAAUAAAAUAUUUAAUGUA